AUCUGUCCCUAUUUUGUAGGAGAACAUCGGUGGGUUACACUAACUCAAGAUGGACUCAAAACAGACAAAAAGAAAACGUGAUGCUACAGAUCUAAACAGCGAUUUAACAUCUGAGGAGAAGAAGAAGAAGGAGACGGAGAAGUGUUAUGACCCUGAAGACUCAACACUUGAAUUUGUCGAUCAGGAGGAUGAAAUGGAUUUUUUGUGCAUUGGUUACAAGUCUCUCAGAGCGCUGAUGUCCUGUGGUCAUGCUGUCACUCCGAUGUCUCUCACCGACUGGUGUCGCCACUUGUUGGAUCAGGGUGAGAGCAGAUUUGUCUGUGGUCAAACUGACUGCAAUGUUGAAUGGUCCUUCGAGGAGGUUUGUGAAAUGGCUCUUCUGACCCCUGAAGAAAUGGACGACUUUGAAAAGAAAAUGAUCAACAAUUCUAAGGAAUACUUUUAUGUCAAAUCAUGUCCUGGCUGCAAGUCUUCUGUGAUGAGAGCUGACCUGAAUGAUCUGAGUGUCCUCUGCUCAGUUUGCACAGCUGACAAAAAGAAGGACUACAGAUUCUGCUGUCAGUGCUCGAGGGAAUGGAAAGGUCCAUUUCCACGUUCAGACCGCUGUGAAAAUGACGGCUGCAUCAAUCUGCAAGUUGAAACACUGAGAAAGUGUCCAGAGAUCAUCUUUGAGGAAGUAGAGGAUGUCACUGGUUGUCCCUCCUUCCGUGCCUGUCCCACCUGUGGCCAACUGCUGGAGCAUGACAAAACUCAGUGUAAAAACAUUGUCUGUCCCCGAUGUAAGGUGGAGUUCUGCUUUGUGUGUCUGAAGCUCACUGAAGAGUGUUUGAAAUCAAGUUCAUAUUGCCUACCAUGCUCCAGUGGUGUCGCCUCCAGACAAACCUCUAUACCUGUGUGGAAGAGGAUAAUCUAACAAUAUUAGACUGACUGAUGAUGCAACGCUGUGGUCUUUGAAAAAUGUUCACAGUUGUGUGUUUUGUAUGAGAGAAAAUGGCAGCAUAGGCCAUCAUCAUCAUCAUCAUCAUCAUCAUCAUCAUCAUCAUCAUCA